UUCAAAAUAAAAAAACUUUAAUUAAACUCGCAAUAACUAAGAUUAUUAAUGGUAAGAUUUACUUCAAUAGAAAAUCAGCGUUUUUUAUUUAAAAUACUACCAUCGGUCGAGUGACAGUGAUUUAUUUUUAUGUAAGCGAUAUACGUGCGUUCUUUCAAAUCUAACAAAUUCAACUCAAGAUCUAAGCAAUGAAAAAUAAUUUAAGAUAGUCCGAUCAACGGAUCCUGUAAUGGGUAUAUUGUUGUUAACUGGCAGAUUGCACGCGACGAAUUAUCGCAGCAGAGAAAAUCGAGCUGGAAAUUUUCAAAAAAAAAUAAUGGCCUACACACAGCACGUGAACACUUUCGCGAGUUAGACAACGUUAUGUAAAAAACAAGCUUUUUGAAAGAGAGAGAGAGAAAAAAAAAGUAAAAGUUAGCGCAUUUGAUUAUGCACAACACCUUCACGUGCGAGGGGAGAGAGAAAGAGAGUAUGUUGUGCCCAUGUAUAAAGCGAGUGGAUUUUCUUUGCCUGGGCCCAUUUCGGAUAAGACACCAUCGCGUGUGCCGAGCAUUAGAUCGAGUGUACAACGAAACAUGAAGUCGCGUCGACUCGCUCUGCUUUUCUGCGCUAUUUUGGCUGUCUCGAGUGUCAGUGCUCAAAUCGAAGAAUCAGAAGACGACGUCAUCUAUAAAGCCGAAUAUUGCAGAACGACGGAAGUAUUGAAAAACCGAUGUCAAAUCGAGAAGUGUAACCAAGAAGAUACACGAUAUUUGGUCAUAGGCUGUCCAACUUUCAAAUGCAGCGAUAAAAUUUUGGGAACCAGACAGGAUGCGAGCAAACCGUAUCCCCAUUGCUGCCCGGUGCCCGACUGUUCCUAGUGGAAUGUGCGCAGGAGAGCAGCGAGUAAAGAACGAUUUUCUACGAUCUGUGAUUUUUAGCGAGGGUCCGCGAGUCGCGACGACGACAGCCCGUCGUUGUACACUGUAAAUACUCGACAAUAAAAAGUUUGAAAGUAACAUGCCGCCUUUUCGUCAUUAUUGAAUAUAAAAGAAAAUUAUUACCCUCAAAUAGUUUUGCACGAGUUCGUGUACACACCCACGAUUACAUAAAAAUAUUUG